UGAUAUUCUGAAAAUUGCAAUUUGUGAGAUUAGCUGUAAAUUCUGAGAAAAUCAAGCCAAAUUGCGCGCUAAGACACACAUAUUCGUGCAAGCAGUUGUAUAGUCAGUGGCUGCUGCAGCAUGCUCCGUCAACAGGUGUCGGGCAAGAAGAAAAAACUCAACGACUUGAACUUGAGUUGCGGCUGGAAAGAUUGCAAACUUAGCUUCAUUGGUGAAUGGCAGCUCAAUAAACACAUAGCCGAGCAUUUGGAGCAAGCUGAGCAGCAGCUGUUUGAAGAGGAAUAUAUAUGCGCUUGGGUCGAGUGCGAUUUUGUCACCAAGUGCCUUGAGGAAUUUGAACGCCAUUGCUACUACCAUGGAUACUAUUAUAAUCUGCUGCUACAGGGAAAGCGAGUGUGCGAGCUACAUCCAGAAAUACCCGCAUGCUGUGCACUGGAACGGCAUGGUAACAACCUGCCGGAGCUAAAGCAAAACUUUCGCUGUGGCUGGGCAGAUUGCAAUCGUGCCUUUGUCUCCAUAGUGGAGUUUCAGGAUCAUAUAGUGCAGCAUGCAUCCUUCGAGUACGAGAUACAGAAGUCACCUGACGAUGAACGACCUAAGACGCAGUGUAACUGGAAUUUGUGCAACAAGGUGCUAGAGAAUAAAUAUCGCCUAAUAGAGCACAUCAGCACACACUCCAACAAAAAGCAUGUGGCCUGCUAUCAUUGCGGCGAACUCUUUCGCACCAAGACAACGCUCUUCGAUCAUCUGCGCCGCCAGCCAGACAACAACACUCACAAAUUCCAAUGCGCACAGUGCUUCAAGUUCUUUGCCACAGAGAAGCUGUUGCGCGGUCAUGGCGUGCGUCAUGUCAAUUGCUUCAAAUGCACCAUGUGCGACAUGACCUGCAACUCAGCGAGCUCACUAACAACACACAUACGCUAUCGACAUCUUAAGGAUAGACCCUACAAAUGCAGCGAAUGCGAUACACGCUGUGUACGCGUUUCGGAUCUGGAGAAGCAUAAGCAGUAUGUGCACUCCAAGCUGGUGCACCAAUGCGAUCAGCCCGGCUGCCAGUAUUCUGUGCGAACCUACACACAGAUGCGACGCCAUUUUCUGGAGGUGCAUGGCAACAAUCCCAUUUUCUAUGCCUGUCACUGCUGUGAGCGUUUCUUCAAAACAGGCAAAUCCCUUUCUAUACAUCUAAUCAAGAAGCAUGGCUUUCGUUUGCCUUCAGGCCAUAAGCGCUUUACCUAUCGUUUGGAUGAGAAUGGCUUCUAUCGUCUGGAGACGACACGCAUUGAGAGUCUAGAAGUUACACAGCAAAUACUUGACCCUCAUAUUAAGAAUGAGACUGAUCACAGCAAAUCCAUGACGGGCACCUGCUAUGAGAUUGUGAAUCCCAUUAACAACGACUUUGAACGCAUCAUAGUCUCUAAUGAUGCCAAUGAGGCACAUCUGGUGGGCGAGGUUACCAUCUCGCUUCCUAGUCUAAAGGACGAGUUUUAGAUCAAAAAUAUUCCACAUUUCCAAAGGCUGUGUUCGCGUUGGUACUCAUGCUGUAUCUAUCUCUCUCUUUCUCGCUCUUAAAUGUAAAGCAUCAUUUAUGACGAGAAAUAUCCUCAUUAACAGUUUUAGUUUUGAGAUAGCCAUGCAAGUAUUUUUAAAGUAAUAUCCACUGACAUACAUAGUUUAAUAUAUGUAAGCUCAAUUAAA